AUGAGAGAACAGGAGCAUCGUGAGAAAGGAGCACAAAUUGAAAGAGAAGCAGAUGCAGAACGACGACGAGCACUAAAGGGAAAGGGAAAAUAUAUUACUGAAGAGAAUCCUCCAUGCAAACGGAUGCGCCCGAGUGGUAUACAGAUUAGAGAAAGCGAGGCUGUACCACAUGAGCAUGAAGAUGCAGAGUCAUAUGAAGAGUCGGCUGUAUUACAUAGGAGAGUUGGUAGCACAUCAGACGCUCAAAACACUGAAAUGACGUCUAUUAAUGUUAGAGAAGAUGAUGGGGUGUCGGAUACUUACGAAAUUGACGAAGUAGAUUAUGACACUGACGAAUUACAUGAUCCAAAAACUUUUAUCAAUCAAGUAGUUGUUGUUGCUACCGAUGUACGUGAUUUUCUGGGACAAAUGGAUGUCAAAUGUCAGCACUGCUGGGCAUUGCGCUGGAUGGCAGAAAAACUUACAAAUUCAUCUUUAAUAAACCUAAAAUUUGGGUCAUGUUGUCUCCAAGGCAAAGUUUGCCUACCGUCACUGCGUGAACCACCGGUAGCCAUCAGAGAAUUGUUUGACGGAACCGACGCCGAAUCAAUUUAUUUUCGGAAAUAUAUUCGAGAGUAUAAUACAACUAAUGCGUUUACUAGCCUUGGAUGCAAAUUAGAUACAAUAGAUUUGAAAGGGAGAGGUCCGAGACCUUUCUCAAUACAUGGGGAGUUGAGACAUUUAACCGGAGGUGUUCUACCAGCUCCUAGGACUGAGAGGAUGGCGGUUUACUCCCAACUGUACAUCUAUGAUCCAGCCUUUUCAUUGUUUGUCCGUGGCGAAAGAAAUCCUCAUUUAAAUAUGAAUGUCCUACAGAAAAUUCAGAAUACUAUGAUCCAAUUCAAUGUUUUUUAUACCAAGUAUCGUCAGGUUUAUGCAAUUUUAGACCAGAUGAGUCCGGCCGACCAGAAUAUCGGAGUUUCACUUCAAUAUAACAAGUCGACUGAUAGUAGGCGUUAUAAUCUUCCGACAACAGAUGAGAUUGCGGUUAUCGUUCCAGAAAAUACUUAUAAGGAGACUGGGGUGCAAGAUAUUAUAUUGCAUUUGAGAGAAAACAACGGAUUGAAACAAAUUUCGGAGUGUCAUCCGGCAUACUUGCCUUUAGAUUAUGUUUUACUAUUUCCUUUUGGUGAGCUGGGAUGGUCACCAACAAUGAGGCAAUGGGAUGAAGUCACCAAAACCUAUACGAAAACAAAAUUAUCUCAAAUGGAGUAUUACAGUUACCGCAUAUUUGAACGUGCAGAAGAAUAUUCAACCAUCUUAAGAGCCGGAAAACUAUUUCAAGAGUUCUUAGUUGAUGCAUGGGCUGCUACAGAGCAAAAUAUGACAAAUGCGGAUUUAAAUCCGGGUGAUAGAGGUAAUCCUGUUACUUUACCAUCUUCACACACUGGAAGCGGGAGGAAUAUGUACGAGAUAUACCAGGAUUCGAUGGCUAUUACAUGUUUUCAUCACCAUCCAGAUAUUUUUCUUACAAUGACUACAAACCCAAAUUGGCCAGAAAUAAAAAAUGCACUUUUACCCAAUCAGAGUGUCACUGAUCGUCCUGAUUUGGUAGCUCGACUUUUUGAGCUGAAAAGAAAAGCAUUGAUGAAAGAAAUAAAGGAAAAAAAGGUGUUCGGCACGGUGGUCGCCCAUGUUUAUACCAUCGAGUUUCAAAAACGUGGGCUACCACAUAUGCAUGCUCUUAUAUUUUUGAAAGAUUCGGAAAAAAUUUGUACGGCAGAUAUGGUUGAUAAAUUUUUUUCGGAUGAAUUUCCUAAUGAGAUAGAUGACUCAAUAUUGUUUGAUACCGUAAGCAAAUGUAUGGUUCAUGGUCCAUGUGGAGAGCGAGAUCCAUAUGCAGCGUGUAUGGAAAAAGGAAAAUGUACAAAAGGAUAUCCUAAGAAGUACACCGACACAACAACUUUGGACGAGGGUGGGUAUCCGAGUUAUCGUCGUCGUCGGGAUGGAAUAGAAGUAACUGUCAGAAACAACAAAAAGGAGUAUAAUAUAUAUGUUGUACCCUAUAACCCGCAUCUGUCAAGAAUGUUCAAUUGCCACAUCAAUGUGGAAAUAUGUGCAGGAAUAAGAGCUGUAAAAUAUAUUAACAAAUACAUUUACAAAGGUGGUGACCGAGCUACGAUGGUUUUGGGAGAACAUGACGAGAUUCAACAAUAUAUUGAUGCGAGGUAUAUUGGACCACAUGAGGCUGUAUGGCGUUUGAUUGAGUACCACUUGCAUGAAGAAUAUCCUGCUGUACAACGGUUGGCAAUUCAUUUACAGAAUAGGCAACGGGUUGUUUAUAACACAAGGCAAUCAAUGACCUCGGUUAUACGAACAGCACAGGAACAUAGGACGACUUUGAUGGGUUAUUUUGAAUAUUAUGCUAAAAAUCCUAAUGCUCCGGCAUAUACUUAUCAACAGUUCCCGCAAAACUUUGUAUGGUGUAAAAGGGUUAAACAGUGGAAAAUUAGACAACAAGGAUUUGCAAUUGGAAGAAUGUAUUUUGUUAGCCCUAACGCUGGAGAGUUGUACUACUUACGUAUGUUACUCACAACUGUUAGAGGUGCUAAUUCUUUUGAAGACUUGAAGAUUGUAAGUAACGGAGACGUAGACGAGGUGCACAAUACGUUUCAAGAUGCAUGUAUUGCACUUGGGAUUUUAGCACAUGAUGGAGAAUCGGAAAAAUGUCUUCAAGAAGCAGUGGUUAUGCAAACUGGAAAUCAGCUGAGGAAACUAUUUUGUAUUAUCCUAUCGCAAUGUAAUCCAUCAAGACCGGAGGUGUUGUAG